GCGUGCUUUCAGUCGAGGCGCGGACGCCGUUCCGUGUUCUUCCUCUUCUGUGUUUUUGUCCGAGCUCGUUUUCGUUUUUUCAGCACGAACGGUCCACGUCGGCGGCCUUUCUCUUCGGAGAUCCGAUCCAGUGAGUCUACGACUGUCGAGGUGUAAGGAUAACAGCCAAUUAAAAAUGACAGACCAACCACCAGGCAAAGGGCCGCCAAGUGCCAUUAUGCUGGUCUUUUCAACCCUCACACACAUCCUCCUAUUGGCGCCAGUGAUAUACAUUUUGGUUUUGGCCUUUGGAAAGUACAGCUUCUUCUCGUGGCAUCCCAUUUGCAUGAGCGUCGGAGUGGGUCUUCUGAUAACCGAGGCGAUAUUCAGCGUUUCCGGUGAGGCGUAUGUCGGCUGGAAGGUGUCCAGGGCCAACAGAGUAACGAUUCACUGGAUCCUGCACGCCACCGGUCUAGCAUUAGUAUUAGUCGGACUGAUCAUCAUCGUGGUCAACAAGAACAACAACAACAAUUCGCAUUUUGUCACGCCUCACGCGAUCCUCGGAUUGGUCAGCAUUAUCUUGGCGUUUCUAACAGCCGCGUUCGGCAUCGUUACCAACAAUUCCAGGUGGCUGUAUCCGCGUUUCAGGCCGGUUCUUCUGAAAAUCAUGCACGCGUUCGGUGGUAUCAUAGUCACGGUGCUCUUGCUUGCGACGUUGAUCACGGGCACGUACACGAAAUGGUGGCCUGGUGGCUAUACUGGAAGAAGCUUGACGUUCACAGCGUUCUUCAUCGCGGGUUUCUUCAUCCUUCUGAAGCCGGUUCUAGGAGCUGUUUCGAGAAGCAGAGUGGUUUUCGGUCCGCCACCUGCUACCACUUAAUUACUCUGUAUAAUAUCGUAUAUUAUUAUAGCAAACGUCUACGUACCGUAGCAAAGGGAAACAAUUUCAACGCUUUUAUCCAGGAUCAACGUACCUUCAACAACUUGACUACGAAGGCACAGAAUAUCAGAUUUUCAAAGCCAAUGAAAUACGUUAAAGAUUUAUAAAGUACAUGGUAAACGUGAUGUUCGUACUCGUCGAUGAACGAGAAAGAUUCUCAUCCUUUUUGCAUAUGCGAUAAGUAUAGCGAAGCCUGAAGUAGAUUCAAGAGCAUAAUUGUGUUCAGAGUUUGUUUGUAGUCUGUUCAAUAAACGCGAUUUAUUUGCCUUACGUUACUCUAGAUUCGAUCAGAGAUCAGCAUAGCAAUAGAGAUCGAUCUAUAAAAAUAUUCUUAUCGGAUUAAGUAUUUCGUGUCGAUUACAUUGACAUAGAUAAGAGGUUUUUAUCGUGUCACGUAGUAAGAUAAGAUCUAAUCGAGUUAAUUGCUACAAUUGACUUUCGAUCGAAACAUCGUAAUCGAGAUCUCUAUACUCCAAAUAGUUUUAUUUUUUAUGAUUUCAAAAUCAGUAACAAAAAGAGUAUGUAUUUCUCGUACGUGAAGCAGGAAAUGUACAGGAUUUCUGACGAAGAAUUAAUUAUUUUCUAAAUCGUUCAUUCUGAAUUAUUUAUCAUUCUGUUACAAUGUCAAAGGGUUAAUCUACUUAUAAUUCAGACAUUCCGUCCUCCAAUGAUCGUACAGCGAUUACGACAACCAUUUUUAAAGCUAGAUUUAGAUAAUUUCUUUAAUUCCUAAGAUGUUCGAUACUUUUCAAAUAUCCAGCUACAAAACUCUAUUGAUGCUAAUCGUAAAGUUCAAAAUCAAGGCUUAAGUUAAAAUAAACGAGAGAUAAUUUAAAUCCGAGUAAACCAUGUUUAACCAGAUACUCGUAGAAUUAUUCAUAAAUGAACAACAAGAAAGAUUUGUUAUACCUCGGUUGUGUUCAUCGAACAGUUAACAUGCCAAAAAA